UCUAAAGCUGAAUUUCAGAAAUCAGCCAAAGGUGUCUGCAAACAAGCCGCCAGCAUCUUGCCAUUGUCUGGAUCUCAGCUGCUUCAUAGCCCUUUUCUGAGUUCGGAACGGGAACACUGUAUUUUGUUUUAGGACGUUUUUCUGUUGUCAGUUGUGGGCCAAGCUUUUGCCCCGCCUGUCAUCAGACGUUCAAGUGGCGGCAUAGCAAAUACUACUACUUGUAGUUAGAAAGCACUAUGAUGAUCUGACCUGCGUCGGAGGCCUCGUUAUGAUCAACUCAACCGUAGGUUUUGAGAAAGGUCUUUGGAUCACCAACCACUACUCACGAAGGGGAACCAGACAUACUGGGGAGUGGGGUUCCUUCGCAGCUGGUUCAUGUUCUGCGGGCCGGCAGAGAUUCGCAUCCAGGGCUAACUACAGAAGGACAGGCGCUGAGUGGCACGGAGGCCAAAAGUCGGGGGGGGCUAAGCAGGGGGGACUUAAGAUUGGUCAUCUGAUUAGGGUUCAUGGCUAGUAAAAUUAUUGCCAACCUCCUUGUGCUGGGGGGUGGUAUCUUAGUACGGGCCGUCUCGCAAGCAUACCGGCAGGCUAUCAUAAAUGGCACCAAGGCGGGCGUCGCAGAGCAGGUUAAGAACACGGUGGGGCGGGGCAGCAAGACGAUGAGCUUGCACGAAGCGCGGCAAGUACUUGGGAUCAAAGAAGAAGCGUCUUGGGAGGAGAUUGUCAAGAGAUAUGAGCGGCUAUAUCAGAGAAACGAGGAAGGGGGCUCCUUCUACAUUCAAAGUAAGGUUGUUAGAGCGAAGGAGGCGCUGGAAGCUGUCCAACAACAAGCGAAGGACAGUGCUAGUGCUGGAGGAAAGACUUGAGGUUUUGGCAACCAUGCAUUUUUUACCCUCAAUUAUAGCAAAAAAUAAGUUUACCGGUUCGUUAAGUUCGUCGGGGAUACACGCGCUUCAAAGUUUCGCGCGCAGCCUUUGUCACUUCAUAUCCUCAGUUCAAAGACGUGCAGGCAUGAUGUAAAGUUGUGCAUACGCACAAGCUGCUUAACGCCCUACACCAAGCUAGAGACUUGAGGCAACAUGUGAAUCGAU